UCAAAUAAAAGAAAAAAAUCAAAAGCGAACGCGUGUUGCAACUAUGUUGCAAAUGCACGCUCGUGCAUUAUUGCGUCAUGAUAUAAAUGUUACAUUUUCGCGGGAGAGAUGCGUGAUUUGUUCGCAUCGCAUGAUUGUUGUAGGAAGUCUUUCGUUUUUUUUUCCUCCUCUGUUUUUUUUCCUCCUCCAGCCGGGCUAUUCAAACCUGCAGAUCUAAGUAAACAAUCAUUCGCUCACUUAAUGCAAAUAAUGCGGCGUUUUACACCUCGCUCUUUUGAUCUGAUUUCACGCGAUGUAUUUUUGUCGCUAAAAAAAUGGGAUCUGCAGAAUAUGGCGCCCUGUCCUUAUAAAAAUAAGACAGGCUGCCAUUUUUGUUUUCCUUUUGUCUGAAAUUUUUAAUAAAACUGUCUGAGAAUGUGGGAGAGGCAGACACCGGGGACCCGGACUCUCAGAAGCCACGAAACGCGUCCGCUCGCGCUCUUUUGCGAGUGUUUUUAAUUUGAUGUUUGAUCAAAGGCGGCGUGCUUUAAUUGAGAAUGAUUUCAAGGAUGCCGAUAGAAUAAAAGAAAAAGUUGAAAUGGCAGAACCUCGAUUUAAUAAUCCAUACUUCUGGCCUCCUCCACCCUCUAUUCCUGGUCAGUUGGAUAACCUCAUGCUGAUCAACAAGAUCAAAGAACAGCUCAUGGCGGAGAAAAUCAGACCUCCACACCUCUCGCCCACUUCCGUCUCUUCCCAGCAGCCCUUACUGGUGCCACCCACGGUGACAGAAGGUGGGCAGCACAAUAUAUCAACGCCCAAGCUGCAGCAGAUGCCGGGACUCCACGCUCACAGCACCACCCAGGCCGACAUCGCCCUACACGCACGACCCGCCUGCAGCACCGUCGCAGGUCGUAUUCUGGGUGAUGUAAACUUGAAUCUGGACGAUAAAACGGCUAUUAAAGCAAGAGGAUUGUGGGAAGACUGGCAUUUGCGGCAAAUCAUAGACCAGCCGUCCAGAGCGAAUCAUCUGUCAGAAAUGUUCAUUUCAGGACUGUCACUGACGUCUUCUCGAACUGCCAACCACAACACAUCAGAGAGCGUGACGCCGAGCACCCUGAGCACUCCAACCACCAGCAGUCAGACGCGUCAGAGCGCCGCACCUUCCCCAAACCUCAUCUCAGGACUGUCCUGCGGGCCGGGGAUGGAUGUGAUCAAGAACAGCGGAGGACUGGCAGGACUGCUUGGGCCUCCUCCGAAGAGCAUAGGACGAGGUCGCAAAAAGAUCAAAGCUGAAAACCCCUCUGGGCCGCUCUUUGUCGUUCCCUACCCAUUCCUGGCCUCUGGAGCCGACCAAUCAACUGUCAGCAUCACUGCCAAAGAGGGCAAAACCUACAGAUGUAAAGUGUGUCCGCUGACGUUCUUCUCCAAGUCAGACAUGCAGAUACACUCCAAGUCCCACACGGAAGCAAAGCCUCACAAGUGCCCUCACUGCACCAAAACUUUCGCCAACGCGUCCUACCUGGCCCAACACCUGCGCAUUCACCUGGGGGUGAAGCCGUAUCACUGCUCCUACUGCGAGAAGUCCUUCCGCCAGCUCUCACACUUACAGCAGCACACCAGAAUCCACACAGGUGAUCGGCCAUAUAAAUGUAUCCAACCAGGCUGUGAAAAGUCCUUCACACAGCUCUCCAAUCUUCAGUCUCACCAGAGAUCACAUAAUAAAGACAAGCCUUACAAGUGCUCCAACUGUUACCGCGCUUACUCUGACUCCGCCUCCCUCCAAAUCCACUUGUCUGCUCACGCAAUCAAAAACGCCAAGGCAUUUUGCUGCAGCAUGUGUGGUCGAGCCUACACCUCAGAAACGUACCUUAUGAAACACAUGUCUAAGCACACGGUGGUAGAACAUCUGGUGAGUCAACACUCGCCGCAAAGGACCGAAUCACCCAGCGUUCCCAUUCGCAUUUCCCUCAUCUGAGACCCUGGUCCUGGCCCGGUCAAUCUUUCCCAGUCUUGGCAUAAGCAAACCAAGGUGGUUUGCAUUUAUUUUUGUGUGUGUUUGUUAGUUUGUUUCAGUUUUUGAGAACAUUCCGACAUGUAUUAGACUGUGUGUAUAGAGGCUCGAAACACAGCAGCGGUUUGGGAAGUUUCUGUUACACACAUUCCUCUUCUCCAACUCAUCGUUGAGUUGAGAGGAAAUAAUCGGGAAAUCCAAAGAUGGUUUCACAGCACUUUCAGGCCACACAGUUUUGGCUUUAAAAGUUUCUGGUCUGUUAUGACAAUAAAGGCAUUGCUCUGGGCAGCUAAGCGUUUGGGACUGUAGGGAUUAUGCAUUAUUAAAUCACAGGACAUACGUGUGUAUGUUUUAAGCUUGGACCAAGUCCAGUAUCACCUCUCAUAUUUUUCUAUGCUGUCUGGGAAAAAUCCCCUUCUUUUGGGCAACUCAAAGUUGGUUUAGAGACCAAUGGUCUUGUGUUUUGAUAAUGUCAUUCAUAAAAUGUUUUCAUUUCUAUUAAACAUAAAAGAAAUCGGACAUCGAAAUGAAAAUCGCUUUAGCAUUAAAGUUAACUCCUCAAGAGGACUGUUAUGAAUCUGACUUCAUAAACAAAUCAGCACAUUUAGAUUGAUCCCUUAGUGCUUCACAGAUGUUAUGGUCUGGUGCCAGGAAUAGAAUAUGAAAAUGGCAAAAGAUUCUGAUGUUUCAGAAUAGACAUGCAUAACAUUUAAAAAUUACACUUAUGAAAAGUGUAAACCUGCGACGAUUCAUACGUUACGGUUGUCAGCAUGCAUUUGACAUUGUAGAUUAGUGAAAGCUGUCAGGAAAUGUCCAGAUUACUAUAUUUUGCACAAAAGAAAAUGAAGAUCAUUAUUAUUAUUAUUAUUGUAUUUUUUUGGCACGAGGCCUUAUUUUUAUCCUGUCCCUUAGUUUUUAAAUUGAAUAAAUGUGUUUAAUAAAUUUUAUAAAUGUCUUAUACAAAUACUGUACUUAAUUUGUUUUUAUUUGAAUAAUGGUAUUAAUAAUAUAAUGUCCAGUUUUUAAAAUGUUCCAUAAAAUCAUAAAAUUCAACCAAACAUACACACACACAUAUAUAUAUAUAUAUAUAUAGAGAGAGAGAGAGAGAGAGAGAGAGUGUGUGUAGGUUUAGGUGAAUUCUAUGGAAAAUUUCCUUAAUUAUCAUGAAUAAUAAAAAAAAAAGAAUCUUGCUGGUCCUAAAAAUCUUAAUUUUCUUUUGUUCAAAAUAUCUUUUUGCAAUUUUUAUUUUUUUUUUUUUUUCUGAUUUUGGGGGUGAAAUGUAUAACCUGGACAUGUUCUUGUGAGAUACCGCCUUUCAGCCAGAGAACAAUCUUGUGGGGGAAAAAAGCUGUAGAGUUGCCCAAGAGAUUUGUGUAGCUGUAUCGAUGUCUAGAAUACCUCCUUGGCUUAUUAUACUGUACAUGUUUAUACUUAUUAUCAUAUUGAAAUAUUAAUGACUAACAUGUUAAUUUUACACAUUUUAAGCCUUAACCAUUUUAUCACUAGUUGUUUACCAUCACAUUUUCUAUAUAUGUUAUACCAUAUUGGUGUUUACUUGUGUACUCCGUACUUUUAUGUAAUUUUAUUUCCUAGCAUGAACACGCUGUAAAUAAACUAUACAGUACUUAAGUGUUAACCAGUUUAUAUAAGAUGACAACAUGUCUAGUUAUUAUAAAAUAUACCUUUUUAAUUGUCUUGAAUUGUGGUACUCUAUAAGAUUUGCCUUGGCUGCUACAUGCAAAGUCAAGACAUGGAGAGGAAACAUACUUUGUAAAAGUAAGAAAAUAAAUAAAUGAGAAAAUUCUG